GGCCAAGCAUGGACAUUGCGCGCGGUGGAUGUGGACGCGUUCGGGCGAGCUCUGAGUCCAGGACCGGUGCUCGGCUGGGUCUUGGCUCCGCUCCGCGCAGAAACCUGGUGAGGGCGGGCGCAGCUUUAGGGACCUCGGGCGCCAGAGGCGCUCCAGCCGAGCCUCUGCACGCACACUGCGCACGCGCGGCGCCGCCGGGCUCCGCCCCCCGAGUAGGGACCUACAGCGGGCGGCCGCGGAGGCGGCAGCUGUGGCCUGCGGCCGGCGGUGUAGACGCCUCUUCCCGGGACCCGGACCCGGUGGCUCGUGUUGCCUGGAAUAUCAGAGAAUUGGAAACAGUCAUAUUUUGGGAUCAUGACCUACUGUGGUGGUUUAUGAAAAAUGAUAAUACGUUCCUGGGAAGCCAGCUACAAAGUAUACCGAAGGAUGCUUCCUAAGAGUUUUAUCAUGUCUUUCUGGAUUUCAAUGGCCUCUUUUUAGAAAUGCAAAUGAAGAAGAUGAAGGAUAGUGGACAGCAGUUAUGGACUACACAAGUGGAUGAGGGACACAAUUCCUUGACCAUGUCGCUCAAACAGCCUAAUGCUAAUCGAGCGACCCGCCCAGAUAGACAAGAAGCUCAGACUCUUUUUUAUCAAGUCUCCGAGGCAGAGGCUGCCACGAUGACCGUUGCUACAUGUGUAAAGUGUAAAAGUGUGUACAAGAUCCCGCUUCAGGAUCUGAAAAAGGAUACUGGGCAAAACCAAAAGGAGGACAAAUAUGUUUGCUUCACAUGCAGCCUAGGUGUGGCCCCUCCCCAUUUCCAUUUUGUGAACAAUAAUCACAGUGCUACUCACAUAGGAAAUAAACCGGAAACCAUCUCAAGUUCUGUCAAUAACAAAUUUAAGGUAAGGAACUUUAAGCCAGGCAAAUACUAUUGUGAUAAAUGUCGAUUUUCCACGAAGGACCCUCUGCAGUACAAAAAGCACACACUUCAACAUGAAGAGAUUAAAUUCAUUUGUUCUCACUGCAGCUACAUUUCCUACACUAAAGGGGAGUUUCAGAGGCACUUGGUGAAACACACAGGCAUUUUCCCUUAUCAAUGUGAGUAUUGUGACUAUGGUGCUAUUAGAAAUGACUACAUUGUCAAACACAGGAAGAGAGUCCACGAGAAAGCUGGUGGAAAACGGCUGCCCAAAACCAUUGCCAAGCUGGAGCCAAAAAGAAUCAGUGCAUCCAAGCAAAACCCAGAGCUUUUAAAAGCUUCCAGUCCAAGGACUGCGUUUCAAAAUAAGUUGUCAGAUCAACUUUCAAGGUUCUCCCUCCAUUCAAAUAAAGACAGAAUGCACAACAUAAUGUUAUUACCUGAAUCAGAGGAGUACCAAAAAGAUGUCGUGUGCAUUCCAAAUAAAGUGACGCUGUCAGAGCCCAAUGAAGUCAACCCGUUUGAGAACAAAAGUGUGGAGGUGGAAGUGUUAUCCCCUGCAAAAGAGCCUGUUCAGCCGGGAAUGCCAUUAACGGUUGUGGCACCAGCGGAACUAAUCGUCCCUGCAAACUGUUUAGCCCAGUUGAUAGAUGUGAAGGUUGUCAAUGGAACACAGCAGCUUGUGCUGAAACUGUUUCCUCUGGAAGAAAGUAAUUGCCUUGCCACUGGUGGGGGUGAUGGAGGUAAUUCUGAACAUGUGACUAAAGAGAAAGAUUCAAGGGAACAGGAAAAAAUGGCUUCUGCAGAACAAACAAAGUCACUAAUGAUCGAAGGGAAUGUUGGAAAACUUGCAGGCAUCGAUAAUCUUCAAUCAUCAGUUCAGAAACAACUUAAAAACGUGAAAUGGGUAAGGUCUUAUGACUUUUUCACCUCAAAUUCUAGCGUGCGCAGUGGUGGAGAAUCCUUUCUCAACCCUGAUAGAGUUGAGGGUUUGCAGAAAAAAGGUUAUACAUAUCCACAAAGAACUGCUCUUCCUUCCAUUGCCUUAAAAGGUCAUGCUCCAUCAUCUCUAAUAAAAAAUGGUAUUUUAAGUGGUCUUGGAACGACGUCAAACUCUUUUCCAUAUAAAGCUGCCGUUUCUUUUACUGAAGAUGGAAGAAAUUUACACAGUGACUCACAGCAGUUAUUUCCUCUUGCUGCAUCGCCUGCAACCAUUUCCUUCUCUGGAGAAAAGGACUCACUGCCCCUAAGUAAAAAGGACAUGGAAUCUAGAAAUGAGAUCAGUUUUCCUGUAAAAAUGGUUCCCCCUAAUAGGAAGCUGAAAGAUAACCAGACACAGGAACACAAGGCAGUUUCAAAUACCGGCCAGAUUUCCUCUCAACAUAGAGGUGAGUAUUUACACAUAAACAUAACGGGAGAAGAUGGAAUCAGAUCUCAGCAGUCUGGGGAUAAACCUUUGGAAUUAAAGAAUUCUGAAAAGACUAAUGACUCCUUCGAAGGCCCAGUCAUCUCAUCAGUGUUUUCUCUGAGCUCUGGAUCUGAAAACGUCCCUGAGGGCGUUAAGUGGAAUAGUUCAACGUCCAAAAUCAGGUCAAUUGAACUGUUGCGCAGAAAGAUAGCCCAGUUAAUUGAAUCCUGUGGCAAGCCUUCAUCUUUGGCUGCAAGUAAUGCACAUCGUCGUUCUGUAGGGAAGGCACCUAAGGUCACUUCGAAAGCUGCCUGUGAAGGUAUUCAGGAAAUUAACAUGUCAUUUACCAGCACUGGCUAUUCCACCGGUACUCUCCCGAAACCUCAGGAUGACGUUGGUAUUAAUGGACAGUUUACUCAUCAGCAGAUAUAUCCACAUCUUGUAGAAGGCAGCAGUGGGAAAAGCGAAAGAGGAGUAGCCAGGAAGCCACAUUUGGCUCCUCCAGUAUUGAUCCCGAAGGGGGCUGUGCUGAGGGUUCUUAAUUCCUCUGAGAAUUCCCACAUUAUAGAGGCUACAUGUGAAGCACCUGUCAGCAUCCCCUGCAGUGAGACACAGUUAAUAAAACCCAUUCCGUUCUGCCCAGUGAAACAGACAGACUUGGACUUACAGUCUUCGACAAGUGAAAGUGGGCCAGUAGACAUGUCCCAGAAUCAUGAUCUAUCUCUUUGGGCUAAAUCAAGAAAAGAGAGUGCUAAUUGUAGCACCAUGCUUAAAAAAACUGGACUCCUGCAUGGACAGCAAGGAAGUGGUGAAAUGAGUAAGCAAGGGAGACUGUUUUCCAGAAGUCUUCCUGUAAGUAAAAAUAAAACCAAACAAGUCAACUCAUCCAAGAAGAAAAGCAAAAUUCAGGCUGAUCCCAGCCGCUGUUUCAAGGAUCCUUCCAUUUUUCAGGUUGCAAGACAACUUCGACUGAUAGCAGCUAAACCAGACCAGUUGAUCAAAUGCCCCCGUCGGAACCAGCCUGUCAUCGUGUUAAACCAUCCUGAUGUCGACUCUCCAGAAGUAUCCAAUGUGAUGAAGGUAAUAAACAAGUACAAAGGCAACGUCCUCAAAGUGGUCCUAUCAGAGAGGACUAGGUGUCAGUUAGGCAUCAGGCGGCAGCAUGUCCGGCUGACCUACCAGAAUGUGGAGGAAGCCAAUCAGAUAAAAAGGCAAAUGAUGUUGAAAAUGAAACUUAAAAAAGUUCAUAAAAACAACUACCAGGUGGUGGAUUCCUUGCCCGAUGACUCAUCACAGUGUAUAUUUAAGUGCUGGUUUUGUGGACGGCUCUACGAAGACCAGGAAGAGUGGAUGAGUCAUGGCCAACGGCAUUUAAUAGAAGCAACUAGAGACUGGGAUGUUCUUUCUUCCAAGGGCAAAUAAGUGAAAAAUUGGUCUUGGAAGCAAAUUGUUUUUCUUAUGUUUAAUUGAUUCUGGUUUGGUUUGUUUGGUUUUGUGUCCCUCCCUGACUCUGUAGGAUAAUACAGACUGCAGGGAUGGGAAGUUGGUUCAGUCUUCAGGUCUUCCUGGGAAUGUGGAGAGGGUGGCGUCUGAGCCUGGUGACUGGACGUCAGAAGGUGUCUGUGGCCCCCGAGGAAGUGCACACAGAUUCACGUGUAUGCAUUUGUCUGGGGCGAAGGGAAACUUUGAACAGAUUUUCAGUGGGAUCUGAGACUUCCCUUUGGUCAGCAGCCUUUUUCUGCGUAGAUAAAAAUCAUUUCUAAUCCAUUCAGAGGGGCAAGUUUAGAGUGUUUUACACAUGCUCUUUAUAUAACAAAAUGCUACUGAAGAAUUAAACCCAGGUCUUGGUGUACACAUCCACUUUUUUUUUUUUUUUUGCAUUAACUCAUCUUCUGAAUAUUUGGUACAUAAUGGAAAGUAUAUUUUCUACUUUGUUGGUUAUCUUAAGUUUGGUUAUAGAAAAGUGGCCCUUCUUUUAAAUCCCUCACCCACUCUGCAGUGUUGCUAAGUGGUCUCUAUAGCACAGAGGGUUGGGCUUUUGUUGACACUUUUAAAGAAUAAUUCCAAAGGUUGGCCUGAAUUUACUACAACAGCAGGUGUUGUUAGGGAAAGAAAGGAACAUUUUCAGGCUUUUGCUUUCUUUUUAAAUACCUUGAUUUAUGACAGUUGGGGAGGGAAUGUGCCUUUUUGGGGGGAAUAAAAAGGAGAAGAAAGGGUCACAGAGGGAGAAUAUCUAAAAUUAUCUCCUGUUUGCCCUUACCACUCCCAGAAAAGUCAAGUAAGUCAUCAAUUUAAAAUGUGAAUGAACAGGCUUCUUUCAACAGAGAUAAAGUUUGGGGAGACAAAUCAAGAUAGAUAGGAUUGUGACGAAAGUUGUAGCUUUAAUGAGACUAUCAGUUUUCAUUUGGGAACUCAUCGCAGACCACGGGUGGAACCUGCACACUGUUUUCUUUCUUCCUCCAUCACCAGUGGAUCACAGACACUGUCCCCCACCCCUGCCAGGUCUUAUCCUGCUCUCCCUUGGUGGGUUUUCUGAACAGGUCCUCCUGUGAAAUGACAUAGCAUCCCUGCUCACCUGUCCCUUUCCCUUGCUUGAGGCCCCUUAAGGUUUUCCCUGAUGAAAAUACUAAAAACAGGCAAGAAUCUACAAAAUGAACACCUCCCACCACCUCUGUUAAGCUUACAGGAACACUGUCCCUGGUUUUCAUCAGUGGUAACAACCUGCUUCUAAUUUAUCUCAGCCACAGUCAGGCUUUCCUUGUUGCUCACCUUCCCUGGGAAGCAGCUCUGAGAACACUCCAGCUACCCCUCCACCAGCAGGAGUCAGGACUGGUGCUGGGCUCCACAGCACCUGUGUGUGCACUAGAAAAAAGCCCACCCUCUGCACCAUUGCAGCUGCUUGGGCAGAUGGAUGGCUUGACAAGAGCAGCUCAGGCUGGAUUCUAGUCCUCACUUGCCCACCCAGCGGGGAACCGACCAUAAUGCAGAGCGCACACAGCACAGCCACAAGGCGGCCCCAACUCACGUGUUUUCCUCCCUUUUAAAGACUCCUUCCUUAGGGAAUUGAGGGCAGCGAAUGAAACCUGGGGGCUGUUACAUCUGAGAAAGGCAUGAGUGAGAUUUCUGUUGUGUUGGGUAGUCAGUUAAGAGACUUCCUGAUUUUUCUUUCCACGUGGGAAAGUCUUAGCUUAUCCUCUGAUACAUCAGAUUGUAAUUCUUUGUAGUUGGUUCUCAUUACAGAUAUUCAACAUGGCUUGUGUAUAGUUUAAUACAUAAUCAUUAAGUUGAUUAAUUGGUUAGUUUUUAUUGAAAUUUAAAACUUGGGUUUUUUUAAUAUGUGUAUAUAUGUGUGUACACAUAUAUUUUUUACCAUAUGAAAACUUGCAGUAGCUAAUUUUCUGAUUUCCUAUUUUAUAAUGAAGCUAUGUGGUCUGGAAAAAUAUAAAACAUUUUAUAUUCUAGAAAUAAUUUAUUUUGGAAGUACAUUUUUAUAAUGGUCUGAUCUCAUUUUUAGAAAGUGAAAGCACAGUAAGUGAUGGGUCUGAUUUAUAUGAACAAAUGGGAGUAGAAACCCCGGUGGAUCAUUGCAGUACAGUGUUUAGUCCCGGUGCAUUUCUAGUUGGUGCUUUUUGGGAAAUGGAUUGUGUGUACCACUUCAGUACAUAAAGGAGAGCAUUCUUAAGUUUUAUCCAUGCAUAGAUCUGUUAUUCCCUCCCCACCCCAGCCCCCAUCAUGAAAGAAGGCUCUUAAGGUGCUGAGAGGCGAAGAAAAGGCUGUGCUUUAUUAUUUUUCUCCUUCUAUACCUCACUGCUUAGUAGCAUCUUUCCUGAAAGGCUAGACCAUGACCUUUCAGGAAAGAUAACCAUGAAUCAGGUCAGAGUGUUAAGUGUCAACAUGAAACCUUGACACUUUGCAGCAUCAACUGUUUCUCAAGUAUUACCUAAAACUCAGCUUAUGUACUUGUACAGAGCAAAAUUUAGUGAGUAGAAUAUGUAGCUAGGCUUUUCGAGAUUUCCAGAACUACAGUACUUUAAGGAAUUCGGAGGGCUCCUGGAAGUCAUAAAAAAAAUGAGAAAGCAAAAAAUGGCUGUCUUCCCUAUAUAAAGAACUUUAGAAAAUAGCUUGUUAACAUGUAGCUUAAUGUCAUGAAACGAACAAAAUUGGAGAAGGUAGGGGCAGAACUGUGUUGAGUAUUUGUCUACUCUUUCUUACCUUGAUUUUGAAGGGUCUCUACUCAGUAAAUGUUACUCAUAGUACUUACUACUAAAAUCAUUUCUAACUUAUUUUUAAAAAUAGGUUUUCUUUGGGGGAUCAGAAAUGAGACAACCUUGUUAUAUUUAUGAUACGACAGUGAAAAAUUUUUUUAAAAGUAUACUCAAAUAGAUUCUAUUUUACUCAAAUUUUUAUUUCCAGUCCAAAACACUUUGUGAGCCCCUCUCAUGGGCCAAGUGCUCUUGGUUGAGCUAAACUGAACACGAUGUAUUAACCCUCCAAAGUUCCAUCCCUCUUUCUUAAGCCACCCCAGAAAAUGAAGACGUGAUGCCACUCAGCCUUUGGAAUAAUUUUUGAAUCUGUUAACGUCAGUAUGAGCAGAAAACAAAACAUUGCGUAACAUGUUUUAAGCAUUAUUAAAAAGUCCUGCAUUAACAGUUUGUGUGUCUGCUGCUCUGAUUUUGAAACACGUAUGUAUAUAGAUAGAGAAGUUGGCAUAAAUUUUGUUAAAUAAAGCAAGUAUAAAAUUUU